GAAGGGGGAGACAGGGCACAGGAGACUAAGGUUAUGCACACUACCUGAGGAACAGCCUCUUCAAGGGCACAGAGUGCUUAUGUCUCAGCACAGAAGACUUUGUCUGCUUCUCUCAAACUGAACUUUUCUUCAUCUGGGUUCAAUACAAUCACAAAGAUGGCGGAGGCGCAUCAGGCAGUGGGUUUCCAGUUCACUGUGCGCCCAGAUGGUGUGGACCUCAAACUGAGCCAAGAGGUCAUCAAAAACAUCUACCUGUCAGGAGUGACGGCAUGGAAGAAGAGAGCCAUUCGGUUUAAGAACGGUGUUCUGGCAGGAGUCUACCCCGCAAGUCCAUCCAGUUGGCUCAUAGUUGUGAUCGUUAUGAUGAGCUCCUUGUACAUUCACUUAGAUCCGUCUCUCGGAAUGAUAGAUACCAUCAAGGAAAUCCUGCCCCACAGCGGUUAUUUGUCAGUACAGACCAGAGCAGUCCUGAGUGCCAUGCUAUUUGCCACCGGACUGUGGCUCUUCUUCAUCUACCUCCUGAGAUACACUCUCAAAGCUCUGCUCUCCUACCACGGAUGGAUUUUUGAAUCCCACGGAAAAAUGAGCACAUCGACUAAAGUGUGGCUGAGCCUGGUUAAGAUGUUGUCAGGACGGAGGCCUCUUUUGUACAGUUUCCAGGCUUCUUUACCCCGUCUCCCCGUGCCCAGCGUGGACGAAACCAUUCAGAGGUACCUUCAGUCUGUGCGUCCUCUGCUGGACGGUGCACAGUACAAACAAAUGGAGACUUUGGCCUAUGAAUUUAAAGAAUCUAAAGCAGCUCGGCUACAGAGAUAUUUGAUCCUAAAAUCCUGGUGGGCAACAAAUUAUGUAAGCGACUGGUGGGAGGAGUACAUUUACCUCAGAGGCCGGAGUCCCAUUAUGGUCAACAGCAACUUCUAUAUAAUGGACCUCCUGUACGUGACCCCGACACACCGCCAGGCUGCUCGGGCAGGAAAUGUGGUCCAUGCUAUGCUGCAGUACAGACGCAAACUCGAACGUGGUGAACACGCACCGCUGAGGGCUUUAGGAACUGUUCCCAUGUGCUCCACUCAGAUGGAGAGGAUGUUUAACACCACCCGCCUCCCUGGCGUUGAAACAGAUAUUGUGCAACAUCUGAUGGACCGAAAGCACCUGAUCGUCUAUCACAAAGGCCGCUUCUUCCAGCUGUGGCUCUACACGGGAGGGCGCCACCUCCUGCCCAGUGAGCUGGAGACGCAGUUUCAAAGAAUCCUGAACGACACGUCAGAACCCCAACCAGGAGAACUCAAACUAGCCGCCCUGACAGCAGGAAACAGGCAUGUCCAAACACACUCAGUUCCAUGGGCUCGGGCUCGGAUGAAAUAUUUCAGCCAGGGGGUAAAUAAAAUGUCCCUGGAUGCCAUUGAGUCAGCUGCCUUCUUUUUAGCACUUGAUGAUGAGCCAGAGGGUUACGACCCUGCAAAGGCCAAGUCACUUGACAGUUACGCCAAGUCCCUUUUGCAUGGGAGAUGUUAUGACAGGUGGUUUGACAAGUCUUUCACUCUAAUUUCAUAUCCAAAUGGAAAGAUGGGUGUAAAUGUUGAACAUUCUUGGGCUGAUGCCCCGAUCGCCGGACACAUGUGGGAGUAUGUUCUUGCAACCGACUGCUUUCAUCUUGGCUAUACAGAGGAAGGGCAUUGUAAAGGGGACGUGAACAGGGGUCUGCCUUUCCCCGCCAGACUACAGUGGCAGAUCCAGAAGGAGUGCCAAGAGGUGAUUGAAACUUCUUACCUAACAGCCAAGCAGAUAGCCGAUGACGUGGACUUCCACGGCUAUCUCUUUACUGAGUUUGGCAAAGGCCAAAUCAAGAGGUGCAGGACCAGCCCUGACGCCUUCAUCCAGCUGGCCCUGCAGCUCGCACAGUUCAGGGACCAGGGUGUGUUCUGCCUUACGUAUGAGUCAUCCAUGACCCGGAUGUUCAGAGACGGACGGACAGAGACGGUACGCUCCUGCACAUCUGAGGCCGUUGCUUUUGUCAGAGCCAUGGAAGAUAAAAGUGCAACGAAUGUCCAAAGGCUUGCUUUGUUUCGGAAGGCAGCAGAGACGCAUCAGAACAUGUACCGUAUGGCCAUGACUGGAUCUGGCAUCGAUCGCCACCUCUUCUGUCUCUACAUAGUGUCAAAAUACUUCGGCAUCGACUCGCCUUUUCUUACAAAGGUGCUUUCAGAGCCUUGGAGGUUAUCCACAAGUCAGACUCCACAGCAGCAGCUCAAUUUAGUCGACAUCAACAAGUUCCCUAAAUAUGUGGGUGCUGGAGGUGGAUUUGGCCCUGUGGCAGAUGAUGGCUAUGGUGUGUCUUACAUAAUUGUUGGGGAAAAUCUCAUCACAUUCCACAUCUCCAGCAAGUUCUCCAGCUCAAACACGGACUCGUGCCGGUUUGGUCAACACAUUCAGAAAGCCAUGACGGAUAUCCAAGCGCUUUUCAAGCUUGAAAAUAACAAGAAGGAAGUAGAGCCUGCAAAGCACGUGCAGCUGGAAAAUGGGAAAAAGCACUCGUAA